AUGGAUGCAGAUCAGUUUUCGCGUUUUAUGGAAAUGCAAAGGCAGGCGAUGCAGGCUCUGAUUGGUUCAGUGAAAACCGUUCAGUUGAACCAGCCUGCGGCAUCGGUUGUAGGGAGCGCAGCCGCGUCGUCUGUUCCGCUGCCGCCGCCGCUAGAAUUGGAGGGCGACAUGGAACAAAAUUUCAACUUUUUCGAAGAGAAUUGGAAGACCUAUGCCAGUGCGGUCGGCAUGGAUGCGUGGCCGGCUGAUCAGAACAAGCAAAAGACGAGUAUUUUGCUAUCGGUGGUUGGAAAACACGCGCUGAAAAAGUUUUUUAAUUUCGAACUGAAUCAGGCUCAGCAAAAUGACCCGGAACUGGCUCUCGCGGCGAUAAAGAGCAAAGUUGUGCGUGAACGGAACAAGUUCGUCGACUGGUUUGAUUUUUUUUCGCUGAUGCAAGAUUCCGCAGAAAGUAUUGACAAUUAUUUGUGUCGUGUGAAAUCGCUCGCGAAACUCUGCAAGUUCGGUGUGCUCGAAGGGGACAUGAUCAGGUAUAAACUUGCUACAUCGAUCAAGUGGAUGAAGCUUCGUUCCAAGUUGAUCACGACCCAAAACUUGACGGAAGCGCACGCCAUGGAUUUGUGCCGUGCUGAGGAAAUAACUGAGAGGCAUCCGGUCACAGUGGGUCAAGCAAGCGCGGAAGUGAACAUGGUGAAAAGAGAAAAGAUGAAGUGUAAGUUCUGUGGGGCAAAGCAUGAUUUCUCGAAAGGUGCUUGCCCAGCGCUGGGGAAAAGGUGCAAUCGUUGUGGUGGAAAAAAUCACUUCGAGAAAGUGUGUAAGGCGGAUCGGAAGAAGAAGCUAAAGAAGAAGCUCCGAGUGAAGCAAGUGCGCGAAGAAAGCAGCUCCGAAAGUGAUUCAGCGGAGAGCAGUGAUAGCGACAACGAUGAGUCGUCCUGCGGUGAGAGGGUGUCAAUCGGAAAAAUCAUUGAUAAAUCCGGUAGUGGUGGACAUGUUACCGCGGACCUGGACUUGCGAAUCGGUGGGAAAUGGCAGCCCGUGAAAUGUGAGUUGGACACUGGUGCGAACACAAGUCUUGUGGGGAAAAAUUGGUUGGAGAACAUAAUUGGCAAAGACAAAAUCGAGCUGCAGCCAUCCGCGUACCAUCUCCAAGCAUUCGGCGGGAACAGCAUUCCGGUGAUCGGGCAGGUAAAAAUUCCAUGUCGGAGGAAAGACCGUAAGUACAACCUUGUUUUUCAAGUAGUCGACGUUACCCAUGGACCGCUCCUCUCAGCAAAUGUGUGUCGUAUUCUGGGCUUUGUAAAAUUCUGCAACACGGUGAAUUUCACUGCACCGAAAACGGAACAAGAACUUCUAAAUGUAUACCGUAUAAAAGCUCAGAAUAUUGUCAAACGACACGAGGAGGUUUUUCACGGUAUCGGUAAAUUCGCCGGAGCCGUGUCUUUGGAAGUUUCUGCCGACGUCUCACCUUCGAUCCAGCCACCUCGGAGAGUUCCAAUCGCAUUGAGAGAGAAGCUGAAGGAAGAAUUGAAGAAUCUGGAGCGCGAUGGGUUGAUCGUGAAGGAGAAUCGCCACACCGAAUGGGUUAGCAAUAUUGUGUUGGUCAAACGCAAGGAGCAGAAAUCGGAAUCAGUUCGUGUCUGUCUCGAUCCGAUACCGUUGAACGCAGCGCUCAAACGUCCCCAUAUGCAAUUCACCACUAUCGACGAAAUUUUGCCCGAAUUAGGAAAGGCGAAAGUAUUUUCAACAGCGGACGUUCGCAAGGGUUUCUGGCAUGUGCUAUUGGAUGAGAAGAGUAGCCGAUUAACAACGUUUUGGACACCGUUUGGGCGGUACCGAUGGAUUCGUCUACCAUUCGGGAUCGCUCCCGCUCCGGAUAUCUUUCAGAUGAAGCUACAGGAGGUGAUUCAAGGAUUAUUGGGGGUGGAGUGUGUUGCUGACGAUUUGCUGAUUUACGGCUCAGGAGACACGUUGGAGGAAGCUCUGGAGAACCACAAUAUCUGCUUGGAGAAGUUGUUGGUUCGCUUGAAGGAAUGCAACGUUAAACUGAACUUCAGCAAACUCAAACUGUGCGAAACGUCGGUCAAGUUCUACGGACACGUGUUGACGAACAAAGGACUUCAGCCGGACGAAAGCAAAGUCGCAUCAAUCAAGAAUUUUCCGCGUCCGUCAGAUCGAAAGCAGCUUCAGAGGUUCAUUGGAAUGGUGAACUACCUCAGCCGUUUCAUACCAAAUCUCAGCGCUAAUUUCACCGUCCUUCGGCGAUUGAUUUCGGAGGAAGAGAAUUGGGUUUGGUCAGAAAAGGAAGAAGAGGAGUUCGAUCGUGUCAAGCGUUUGGUAGCAGAUGCUAACACACUGCGAUACUACAAUGUAAACGAGCCAAUAGUGAUCGAGUGUGAUGCUAGUUCUCACGGUCUAGGGGCAGCUGUUUUCCAAAGCCAUGGGGUAAUUGGAUACGCUUCACGUACCCUCACGCCUACCGAAAAGAACUAUGCGCAAAUCGAAAAGGAAUUGCUCGCUAUCCUCUUCGCUUGUGUACGGUUCGAUCAACUAAUUGUCGGAAACCCUAAAAUCACCGUAAAAACUGAUCACAAACCGUUGGUUACCGUGUUUCGGAAGCCGCUACUUUCUGCACCGCGACGUCUACAGCACAUGUUGCUAAAUCUGCAGCGCUACCGACUGACGAUCGAGUUUGUGACGGGGAAGGACAACGUGGUGGCUGACGCGAUAUCCAGGGCACCGUUCGACGAAAACCUUGCUGAUGAUAGGUUUAAUAAGCGGAACAUCUUUCGAGUAUUCCGUGAAAUCGAGGAAGUCAAUCUCUCCAGUUUCCUGAAAGUGAAGGAUGAGCAGUUGAACGAGAUCAUUGCAGCGACAGAAGCGGACACGUCAUUGCAGCAGGUUGUGCAGUUCAUUCGUGAUGGUUGGCCGACAUCAGUUGAUAGAGUUCCGGAUAGUGCCAAAAUGUUCUUCAAGUACAGGAACGAGCUUAGCACACAAGAAGGGAUCAUCUACCGUAAUGACAGAAUUGUGGUUCCAUAUACGUUACGUCGGAAGUUAACAGCUAAGGUGCAUGUAAGCCACAACGGUAUGGAGGCGACUCUUAAGUUGGCACGCGCCAACCUUUUCUGGCCUGGAAUGAGUGCCCAGAUUAAGGAAGCUGUUGCACAGUGCGGUGUGUGCGCUAAAUACCAACCAUCUCAAACCCCAGCACCAAUGCAGAGUCACCCAAUUCCGGUAUACCCAUUUCAGUUGGUAUCAAUGGAUGUCUUCUUCGCAGACUACCAGGGAAGGAGUAGCAAAUUCCUAGUUACCGUUGACCAUUUUUCGGAUUUUUUCGAAGUUGAUCUCCUGAAAGAUUUGACACCGAGAGCGACUAUUGCUGUCUGUAAAUCCAACUUUUCUCGACAUGGAACGCCGCAACAGGUUAUUUCAGACAACGGAACAAAUUUUGUCAAUCGAGAGUGGAAGCAGUUUGCAAGAGAAUGGGACUUCUAUCAUUCAACAUCAGCACCUCACCAUCAGCAGACUAACGGAAAAGCUGAAGCUGCCGUAAAGAUAGCUAAACGAUUGUUGAAGAAAGCGGAAGAAGCUGGCAACGAUUUUUGGUAUGCAUUGUUGCAUUGGAGAAAUGUACCGAACAAAGUGGGUUCCAGUCCGGCAGCACGGUUGUUUUCUCGAAAUACUCGCUGCGGGGUACCGAUGUCUACAAGCAAUCUGAAGCCAAAACUUGUGUCGGGUGUUCCUGAAGCGAUUGAAGAAAGAAGGCGAAAAGCAAAGUUCCAGUAUGACAGGAAAACAAUAAAUCUGCCAAAUUUGGAGACAGGAUCUGCAGUCUACGUGCAACUUCAACCAGAAACAUCUAAAAAGUGGACACCUGCCAGAGUUAGCAACAAGUUGAAUGAGCGGUCUUACGUAGUAGACGUGGAUGGUAUGCAGUAUCGGCGUGAUUUGGUGCACUUGAAACCACGUAAUGAACCCCAGACGCCUGAAGUGAAUCCAGAUCAAGUCGCCAUGCCCAACGUUGAACCGGUUGCCACGGAGCAGAUGGCGCUGCCGGUCUCUGAUGGAGCUGUGUCUAAUCAGGAAGCGACCAUCAGUGUUCCUGAUACCAUUAAUCCAGAGGCGACGUCAGCAGUGCAGCUACCGAAGACCUCGAGAGCUACCAGACCAUCCAAGGAUUCGUUUGUUGAGGAAGGUCAAAGCAAUAGGCCUAAGAGAAAUGUCAAACUACCAAUGCGAUUGAAAGAUUAUUGUCUUGAAUAA